CACUCCGUUUGAGCCAAACAAAUGGGUUUCGGGGCGAACGCUGGCCUCACCGCACCGUGCUGGGUGCUCCCUCCGCCGCGGCUGCGGGGAGCGAGACAGGCUUGCUGCCGCUGCGUCGGGCAGGAGCAGCCCCGGGCCAGGUCCAGGCUAGGGUCGGAGCGCAGCUUCCCGUGAUAGGCUGAUCAGAUGAAGUCACUGUGAUUGAAGAAUUGGUGUGGUGUUAAGAGUUAACCAAUACUGAUUAAAGGAAUCCAUUCUGCACCUAAAGCCAUAUUGGAUACUUUAGACGAAAGAGCACCCCCGGAAAGCACAAGGCCACUCUGAGAACUCCUGUGAGCCUCCAAAGGGCUGUGAAUGAUGAAAAGAGAAAAGCUAGCGACGUGAAACCAGGUCCCCUGGCUUCACCCUCUCUCAUCAAAGCAUCAUCUGGAAAACCUUUUGGGGACCUGUCUCCAAAUGUUCUGUGCAGUAUGAGUGGGGAGAAUCCUGUAGAGAGCAGCUUGAAUGUGAAAGCCAAAAAGAAUGUCCUGGCUCCAGCGAUCCACCAGGGCAAAGGAGAAGGGCUACUUGACAUCUGGGCUGUCGUGAAACCAGGAAAUACCAAGGAGAAAAUUGCAUUCUUUGUAGCCCACCAGUGUAGCAAUAGAACAGGAGCUCUGAAAAUAAAAAGCACCUGGGAUAUUGAUGGAAGAGCUAUUAAAAGAAGGAAAAAAUCAGGGGAUCUUAAAAAAGCCAAGAUACAGUUAGAAAAGAUGAGGGAAGUCAAUAGCAAGUGCUACCAGCCUGAGCCAUUUGCCUGUGGCAUUGAGCACUGUUCUGUGCAUUACGUGAAUGACAAUGGAGAUGGAGUCUAUGCUGGGAGGACUCUGUCAGUUAUACAGAUGGUUGCCUUCCUUGAGCAAAGAGCCAGUGCUCUGUUAGCUAGCUGUGCGAAAAAUUGCACAAACUCACCUCCCAUUGAGAGGUUUUCUGGUCAAUCCAGAGGCAUGCCCCCAACCCCUGAGUCCUUCUCUGACCCAGGAGCUUGUGAGGAACCCCUAGAAAGGGGAAAUCCUGAGGUUGGAGAACCACAAAAUGAACCAGUCCAUGUGCUUGACAUGGUAGCCAGGCUGGAGUCUGAGUGCCUGAAGAGGCAGAGCCAGCGUGAGCCUGGGAGCCUGUCAUGGAACAACAGCUCCCGUCGAAAUGUGGGCAGAGUGUUGCUUGCAAAUGGCAGUCGGGCUGAUGAAGGCAGAACAAAAAAAGGUGCAUUGGAGGUAUCUGACACUCAGGUGAAUCCUGUGCAAUCUGUCUCUGUGGACUGUGGCCCUGCAAGAGUUGACCAUUGUUCUACAGGGGACUGGGCCUGGGACAGUACCCCUCAGGAUUGUCCCUCAUUGCAAGCAAGUGUGAAUUUUUGCACAAGCAGUGUACUUUUAGAGCUAGGUCAGCAAACUACCACGAAAACGAGCAACAGGCAUGAUGUGGAAAUGAUAGAUGAGCUUGAUGGAUUACCUUUUUCUUCUCACACUUGUCCCCGAGCCACUGAAUUGCCCACAGAUGCUGUUGUUUGUAUGAGCACAGAGCUUGUGCCACUCACUAAUCAAAAGCCUGAUCAGAGAGCAAUCAAAUCUUUGUCCAUUAGCGUCACUGUGUCCAAGGCAGAAAAAGACCAGUCUUCUAGCGUAAGCUCUCAUGAGGAACCUCUUCCAGGGAUGUUGUUCUUUCUGCCACCUGGUCAGCAUCAGUUGGACUAUUCCCAGUGGAAUGUGAGCACAGCCCCAGAGUAUUCGGAGGGUAGCCAGCUUGAAGGCAUUGCUGAGGAUGGUGCUGAGGACAGAGGUCUUUCAGGCCAGCCUUGUACACUACCAGCCUCUGCAGUGGAAAGCACGUUGCCAGUGCUUGAAGCAUCCACUUGGAAGAAGCAAGUGUCUCAUGACUUUCUGGAGACCAGGUUUAAAAUCCAACAGCUUCUAGAGCCUCAGCAGUACAUGGCAUGUCUGCCCCACCACAUUAUGGUGAAAAUUUUCAGGUUACUUCCCACCAGGAGUUUAGUGGCUCUUAAAUGUACCUGCUGCUAUUUCAAGUUUAUCAUUGAAUAUUACAACAUCAGGCCAGCAGAUUCACGCUGGGUUCGAGACCCACGCUAUAGAGAGGAUCCCUGCAAGCAAUGCAAGAAAAAAUAUGUGAAAGGGGAUGUGUCCCUAUGCCAGUGGCACCCCAAGCCCUAUUGCCAAGCACUGCCCUAUGGGCCUGGAUACUGGAUGUGCUGCCACCGGUCUCAGAAGGGUUUUCCUGGCUGUAAGCUGGGGCUUCAUGACAAUCACUGGGUCCCUGUCUGCCACAGCUUUAACCGGGCAGUACAUAAGAAAGCGAGAGGGAGUGAGACUGAAGAGGAAUACUAAAGGCCAGGCGAGAGGCAAUGAGACAGCUGAGUUUUAAAACCUGGAAUAUCUAGAUAAACAGUGUUGCCUCUCAGUCAUGGUAGGAGCACCUGCACCUGUUCCAUCAGAAUUGCCAUUGAUCAGGCAUUUUUUAAGCUCUUAAUUUACCAGCUGUACAAGACUGGUACUGUGAUUUUAAAGGGAGCCCUCACACUUGAUUCAAGGAGUGACUAUGUCUGUUUUUCUCCAUCUAUCCUCAAAAGGAGGAAGACUUGCCAUCAUCAAAGAUGUUCAGAGGAGUCCACUGCAGGCUCUGCUGGCAGUUCCCAAACAGGGCUUCUAGGAAUGUUUCUAGCCCUAGCACCAUAUUUGAAAUAAGUAAAUAGUGCCCUAUGAGAAUAGCAAGACCCCUGGAUGAAAAGUUUGCCUGAAAGGAAAAGUUGGACACCUUACCUUCAACCUUGUGUGCUUGAUCCUGUGAGACUGGUGUUCAUGGGUGGAGAUGGAUCUCAUGCCCUGUGGUGUUUACAGUGUACAUAAUGGUGUGUUUUCACAGGGCUGUGGAAGUGCACAUUAAACUUGAGCACCUUUACUGUUAGAUGAGUUCUUUGGCCCCUCUGUAUAUAACACAGUCAAAAUCGAGUUGUAUAUGAUGAACAACAUGACUAAACACAGACAUCACAAUGCAGCUAGGAUAGUGUUGCAGCUAUAAGUGUUUAGUUGUCUCAAAAUUUGUAUAUCUUGUAUAAAAUAAGAAUGUUUCCAAAUAAACUGAAUGUUUUCUGCAUAAUAUAUGAAUGUUUCUGAGAAGAAACUAAAUAGGUAAGAGGUUAACCUGUUCAAAGGAUGCCAAAUAAUGGAUUAACUGGACAACCUUAAAAUUAGCAUAGAGAACCACCCUUCCCUAUAUUUUAGUGACCCACCAAGAAAGAGAGAAUAUUAUAUAGUCAGAUUAUGAGGUCUUGUCUAUUUUAACCUGUCCGGUUACAGAUUUUUUUUUCAAACUUCAAUAAAAACAUCUUAAAUGAGA